CUCAACUUCAAAAAUAUUACAAUUUGAUUCUUCAUUAAUUAGUGGAGUACUUGAUACAAAUUUAUAUCAGGAAGAGCAGGAGCUUACAGCAUCAAUUUUGUCAGAAUUUGAUGACAGUAACUUACGAGAUCAAAUUAAUUUGCUGCAAAAAGUUCCAGAAUUACCAUCUAAGAUUUUAACAAAUACAUCUUUAUUAACAAACUAA